GCCCCUGGUCCUGUCUGCGUCCAUCUGGGACUCGGGUCCGACUCCGUGGCGCACUUUGGCUGCUUUAUCCGGUGUCGAACGUGGUCUUACCGGAGCUGGUGACCGGUUUCUGAGCUUUUCCCGGUGGAAGUUUACAACAGGUGGAAACCGAGGGGGAAAAAAAGCCGGUUCUGAAACUUUUCCACCUCAGGAGACAGUUCGAAAAAAAAAGAAACAUGGCAGACGACGAGCAGCAGCAGGUCCCCCUGUUCAACGACCAGGUCCACCACUACCAGGCCGAGCCGGACCCACAACCACAACCACAACCAGAGCCAGAACCAGCCAAACCGGACCUCUUCAGCGUGGACGACAUAGUGGACCUGGUCGGCGGGGCCCGGGACGCUUUGGAGCGGCACCGAGCAGAGGACAGUCCGGCCCAGGAGUCCACAGAAAGUCCCGUAAGUCCCCCAGAGGAAGCACCGGCCACGAUACCACAGCCCGUUCACGUUCCGGAACCAGAGCCAGAGCCCGUUCACGUACCAGAACCAGAACCCGUUCACGUACCAGAACCGGAACCCGUCUACGAACCGGAGCCAGAACCAGAACCUGUGUCAGAACCAGAACCGGUAUCAGAGCCAGAGCCUGUCUACGUACCAGAACCAGAACCGGUGUCAGCUCCAGUCGUAAAGGAACCCGAACCGGAGCCAGAACCGGAGCCCGUGGUGGAGCCGGUCCCGGUCCAGGUCCCGGUCCCGGACUCCACCACCCCUCACUUUGUUCCUGAAAUUUCACCUGUUGUCGCCCCAGAACCUGAAGUCGUCGCCCCUGUUGCCGAACCGGAGAGUACACAGCUGGUGUCGGAGCCAGAACCAGAACCGGUCCCGGAGCGCGACACCCUCCCAGCGGCUGAAGCCCGGAAAGAGCCCCCAGCCCCCGCAGAGGCAGCAGAAGAACCUGCGGUGACAGAGGAACCAGCGGCUCCGGCGUCCUGUGUUCUUCAGCGGUGGAAGCUAAGCCUCGACAGCAGAGAUGUACCUUCUCCUUCUAAAGCUCAGCCUCGUCCUCUGAUGCAAUUCCCUACAGCACUUGGGCAGAAGGGUGAUUCCCCUGCUCCCAUCUCCCCUCUCUCCCCUCUUCACUCCCCUGACUCUCUGGAAGAGCUCUCUCUGACUGAGAGUCCCAACCAGCCCCCCACCUCAGGAUCUGCCGCACCUUUGGGCUCCUUCUCCACUGAACCCCCCACUACUCAUUCCAAGGACAUGCCUUGGGAGGGUGAAGAGGGUGACCCUGGACCAGGCCGUAGUAAGAAUAAGGAUGACCUCCUAGAUCCGUUAGCUGGUCCUUACCUGAGUUUAGGGAAAGACCCAGGGCCUCACAAUCCAUGUGAAGACAGCGGAGUUUCCUUUUCACCAGAGGAGAAGCUGAUUAGCUCAGACAGGUCCUCUACAGGCCCCUCCCCUGUGACCCCCCAGAUGAUGAUCCCUGAGUCUCACCAUACCUCCUCUAACCCAACAGACACCUGGGAUUCACCUUUCCUAGCAUCUCAAGACAACUCCAAGGUCUCCAUGGAUACCUUCUCCAAGGACACGGCCCCUGUUAGCUCUUCUAAGUAUAACCCAAACCUGCAAGGCGACCACUCCGAUGAAGAUGACGACUUGAUGUAUGAAGUGAAGAAGAAUAAUAAUCCUUUUGAAGGCUUUUCCCCACUGGCAGACAGCGGCUACUCCCAUUUUGGAGACUCCAAGUCUGACAGUAGAGCUUCUAAAAUGUCAGAGAGCCCCACUCCUGACCUGGUCCAGUAUGGGCAGACUGGAGAAUCCUUGGAUAGCCCACCGUCUUUCCUUGAUGAAGGGGAAACAUUUGAGACUGGCAAGAUGGCGGCUGACUCGCUAAUGCAGUCAGUAAGUCAGUUUUCAUCUGGUUUAAAAGAGGAUGAUGAAGAGGAAGAGGAGGAUACUGCCUUGCCACCAUCGCUUCCAGACAUCCUGAAGUCUUCCCCACUCAAUCCUGACAAAAUUGACUCCGGCUCCUCUGAAGGCAGCCCAGAGGAGCAGAGUCCCAUCCUCGAACGGAGAAUGAUGGAGUCCCCCAACCCUCCAAUCAAUCUGUCAUCUAAUAACCCAUUUGCAUUUGAUGCGAAAGUGUCCCUGCUGAAAGAGAUGGCUGAUGAGAUGGAGGAGAGAGCGGCAGACAAAGGAAAAGUUGAAGAAGACAAAAGCUUUGGGGCAUUUGAUCUCGUCAAAGAGGCUGAGGAAACCACCCCAACUAAAGUCAAAGAGGAGGAACCAGUCAAGAUUGAGCAGAAAGAUUGGUUUUCAGGUCACAAUUCUCCCAAAAUGGCCGACAUGUUUGAGCCCCUUGACUUCCAGAGCAAAAAGGCUGCCGAGGAUUCAGAUUCAGAGUCCCCAACUGCGGAUUCCCUCUCACCAGUCCUGGAAGCCAUGGCCAAGAACCCUGCCAGCUUCCAAGUGGAAACUGAGAAGAAGGACCUGAAGAUGGAGGUGGAAGAACCCGAGGUGGCUGAGGAGGUCUCUGAGCACGAAGUCUCAUCUGAAGAAUUUGAGUUCAUUGAGAGGCCUCCAAGGGGAGUUAUUGAUGAAUUUCUUGAAGCUCUGGAUACUUCCAAAUUUGCAUCUUCCAAGCCCCCAGAGAUCCCCAUGGAUGAUGACCUGUGCUUUGGCCAGAAGGAUGUCACCCCAGUUACUGUUCCACCUCCAACAAAAGCAGCCCCGCCCCCAGUGGUUGAAAAAGAGGCUCCAAGCCAGAGCUCUUACCACCUCCUCACCCAGGCCUCCCCCCUGAAGACCAAGGCAGAGUUGGAGAAACCUGACAUCCAGCAACCCCCAUUCCAAGCACCACUCACCCAGUCACCUGAGCCCAAAAAAACGGUGUCUAUGGUCAAUCCGAAGAGCGGGGAAAGCACCAAACUGUUUAAGAUGCCAAACCUGAGCAUAAAAGCAGUGGUGGAUCUCCUCUACUGGCGUGAUGUGAAGACCACUGGCGUGGUGUUCGGCGCCGCCCUGCUGCUGCUCCUCUCUCUGACCGUGUGCAGCAUCGUGAGCGUGUGCUCCUACAUCGGCCUGGCUCUGCUGUCCGUCACCAUCUGCUUCAGGAUAUACAAAGGCAUCCUGCAGGCCAUCCAGAAGUCUGAUGAGGGACACCCCUUCAAGCAGUACCUGGACCAGGAGGUGGCGCUGUCUGAGGAAAUGGUCCACAAAUACAGCGACAUUGUUCUGGCCAAGCUCAACAAGACCAUCGGUGAACUGAGGCGCCUGUUCCUGGUGGAGGACCUGGUGGACUCGAUCAAGUUUGCUGUGUUGAUGUGGAUUCUGACUUACGUCGGUGCCUUGUUCAACGGCCUCACUCUGGCUAUUCUGAGUGUGAUCGCGGUGUUCAGCUGCCCAAUCAUCUACGAGAAGCACCAGACUCAGAUCGAUCAUUACCUGGGUCUGGUCAACAACCAGGUCAAAGAUGUCGUCGGAAAGAUUCAGGCGAAGGUUCCCGGAAUGAAACGCAAAACGGAGUGAAGACGAGAGAAGUGUCGGGUUGGAUUGAGGAAGUCCUGAGAAGAACAUGAUUGAUGAAGAUGAUGGGGGAGGGGUUAAUAUGAAGGCGGGGGUGGGGUCUGGCGUGGACGCAGCCCUUCUAACUUUGUCAAAUAAUAAACACUUUUUUUCCAGGUGAGAAUUCCUUUUUGUUUGUGUUUUUUCUGGGAAAGUGAAGCCGAGGUUCACGACACCAACACCCCCCCCCACCCCACCCCACCCUUCUCAACCCCACCCCCGAACCCUGAACCUAGUGUAGUUAAAAUAAUUCUAUGUAGAAGUAUCGGUUGAUGCGAGAUGCUGAGAUACUCGGACACAUUUAACCUUUCCACAGGCCCCGCCCCCUCCCGUGCAUUCACUUUGGGGUUUGUUUUUGUUUUUGUUGGCCCCCGUUCGGUCAUUUGUUUUGUCGGUGGAGCAGCGACCGGCCGCUCACCCUGUCCUUUGGUCCCUUCUUUUCUUUCUGUCGUGUCCCUCGGCCUUUGGGCUCGUUUCCUUGGCAACCUGCUGCGUGGUUUGGCCUCGAUGUGACGAAUGACGCUUUUUUUUUCGUGAAUGACGUCUUUGACUCCUGACGAGGCGGAGGGGGAGGGGGAGGGGGAGGGGUGGGGAUUGUUGUACUACCAUUAAUUAAAAAAAAGUUCAUUGCUUCUGAGUAACUCUAGCUAGAAACAUCUAGAAAACCUUUGCCAGACAAAUGAAACAUGAAUUGCAUUAAAGUCGUCUUUCCAUGUCAUUGCAGCUGGAACACGUUUACAUUCAUCCACAUCAGAAAACCAUAAAAAGCUUAAAAAAAAAAAAAAGCAGUGGGUUUAAAUAAAAACUAAAUAUCCAUACUGUCUGUGGAGCCAAUAUCUUCAUGAAGUUGCAACUCGAUGUAACUUUUGGGAAAACCUUCAAGCGUUUGUUUGUUAUGCAAGUAUAAUUGUGAAUGAUAAACUUCAUACUUCAAUUGUGACGAUAAAAAGCUUCCAGCUGGGAGCCGUGUUUGUGGAAUGCAUUGUGAGAUGUAAACAAUUAUCAAUAAAGCUUCUAGACGAA